AUGGUGACCAACAAAUCGAGCCAAGUCAGCAGUGCCAGCACCGUCAGCACGCAGACGUCACAGAUCCAUCGCGAUCUCCUUGCGGCUUCCGCCAAGGGCAACGAGGAAAAGGUUCGCUCUGUUCUCAAGGAGGGUUCGCCAUGGAGUUCCUCGAAAGACCAAGCCGCCCUGCGCAAGGCCCUGCAGAAGGCCUCGGCUCGCGACAACCUCAACAUCAUUGACCUUCUGCUGAGAAAAGGUGCCGAAGUCGACGCUCAGACUGAGGAUGAGUUUCCUGCCCUGUUUCGCGCGGCCCAGACAGGCCAGACGGCGGUACUGGUCGAGCUAUUAUCUCAGCGACCAGAUCUGGAAGCGCGCGACCGAAGCGGGCAGACUCCCCUGUUCGUUGCGAGCGUCAAGGGCUAUGCAAACAUCGUCGAGUUGCUCCUCGCCAGAGGCGCCGUUGUGGAUGCAUUAGACAAGGACGCACGCACCCCUUUACUGGCCUUGGCCGCCGACAAGUCGAGCGCCUCAGCGUGGAACACCGGCGCCAGCGAGGUUGUCCGCUUGCUCGUCAGCCACGGCUCCAAUGUGAAUUUCAAGGACAAGAUUGGCCGAACUCCUCUCCUGUGGGCGGCCACGAACGGACACUACGAUCUGGUCAAAACACUUUUGGAGACGGGCGCAGAUGUCUCCGCGGUCAACAACAGAGGCCGCACAGCGCUCCACUUGGCCGUGGAUAGCACCGACACGACGCACAUCGAAGAGAUCAUGAAGAUUCUGCUCCAGUACCAGGCCGAUGCGCGCGCCAUCAGCGAUGGUGGAUGGACACCACUUCACAAUGCUGCCCAGAAAGGUCUAACAUGCGUGGUCGAGAGGCUGCUGGAAGCCGGAGCUUCAAUCAAUGCCAGGCUCUCCAACGGCAUGACAGCUCUACACUGGGCCGCCUUCAAUGGAUUCGAGGAUGUGGUGAAUGUCCUGAUUUCCGAAGAAGAAGCAGACCUGGGCAUCAAGGACGGAUUCGGUCGAGCACCAUGGCUCUGCGCUGCCGAGCAUGGGCACUACGAGCUCAUCGAGUUACUCUCUCCGGUGCGAAACAGCCACAGGCUGCCUCGUGUGGUGCAAGACGCCUGCAAAGCAUUUACGGCCACUGUGGUGGAGUUCAAGGAGUUCGGCGAGAAACAGCGCAAAUUCAAGCAUUCUGUGUACGAUGUCCUCUACGGAUGGAACCAGAAGAACGAACGACCCAAGGUUCCGGUUUGGACGAGCUCAGCCGGUGUUCAGAAUGACUUCAAAUGGAUCCAUCUUCCUACCAACAAUAUUGCCUGGGUCGAGACGCUCCUGAUCAAAUGGUUCAUCGAGUCCGGCUGUCGGGACCUCGAAGGCUAUAAGGCUCUAACAAAGUGUCUCGAGCAAGAACACCGCGGUCCACUGCCGCAUGGAAACUUCAUGAGGCCUUACUGCCAACGCAUUUCAUCCCUGCAUCCUAGCGAAGAGCCGGGCCUUGAACCGGACCUGCUGGACAUCCGCCCGUCUCCGGUUCGCCGGAGCGAGAGCAACCUGUCACAAAUGACCAUCACCCAGAGGGUUCCUGGAGGAGAUGGGAAAAUAGUGCUCUUUAUGCCGUACCUUCAUUACGAGACUGAUGAAGGGAGGCAGAAAAUGACGGACGCAAUGAAGCUUGUGGGGGCUGCAGAUGAAACUUCGUCCAUCAGUUCCUCGCCAAACUUGUUGCUACUCCAGGCUUACUUGCACGGCAAGACAAAGAUCCAUCCGCGAAGGACUCUAGACCAAUUCUUCUACCAUGGCCUGGAUACAAGUGCAAGAGAUAGGGAUCAGGUCGUGUACCGAUAUUGUGAAAGCCAAGAUCUUGUCGUGACGUGCUUCCCAGGACGUUGGGAGCACCAAACCAGAGACCCUCUCAAUGUCUUGGACGGUAUCAUGGAGGAAAUGAAUGCCAAGACCCGCCCGGCCGUACGAUCAGCCUAUGACCUCGCCAUUCUGAUCUCAUCCCGAUGCUCUGGAAUGUUCUCACGGCACAGGUCGGACGAUCAGAACUACCAGUUUCUUGACAUGUUUGAAAGCUCCGUAGGUCGAGUUACCGAGGAACUGACACAACUGUUCCACAACUUUGAAGAAGCAUCCACCCAGUCUAGUCAAUGGCUGCGCCCCAAGCGACGACACAAGCUCCUCAAGCGCUCGAAGGAUAGCCACGAAUCGUUCGAUCCAUUAUUAGACAUUAGAGCCGAAACCUCGCUUCUCACUGAAGUAAGGGACAUCCGUGACGAGCUAAAUAUCCUCACAAUGGUCAUCAAUUCACAGCUCUUCACCCUGGGAGACUUCCGAAGUUGCUUGAUCGACGAGCUCAGCAACGACCGAUACGGCCCCAGCAAAAAGGUCUCGAGCUUCGUCAUGGACAUUCGCAAGCGAAUGUUGGACCAGGAGCGCAGGCUCAAAGUGCACAAGCGCGAUAUUGACGCAAUGGACGAGCAGUCCGAGAGACUUUACAAAAGUCUGAGAGAUCUCCUAGACCUCAAGCAGAAGCACUCCAAUGCUCUAGAGGCUCGCUUCUCCAGCGAGCAGGCGCUCGCUGCAGCAAGAGAGGGCCAGACCAUCAUGGUAUUUACCAUCGUGACCAUUAUCUUCAUGCCUAUGUCUUUCAUCGCCGCAUACUUCGGAAUCAGCAUGGACAGCUUUGGUGACAACCUGCCUGACUCGUACGUGAACACUUGGACCUUUGGCGGGGGGUUGGCCAUCUCAGUCCUGUUCAUCCUCAUGGCUUUCACUGUAGUGGACAUCACCAAAGCUGUUGAAGCAUUCUAUUCUUUUACAAAACGACGUUUCAACACGAAUGCGUCGCCGCCUCAAGAAGCACUAGAGACACAGCCGCUAUACCGGACCAUCACUCCAGCAAAGGGCGGCAGUAAUCAGACCGUCGUAUACAGCGGGGAGAUGGAUGAGGGUGGAAGCCCGGGGAAGAUGUACCGGGAGUAUUCGAAGGCAUCAGGAGUGAGUGUGAUGACGAGAACCUUGUCGCAUAUCUCCAGUUGGCAGGGCACCCCAAAGGAGGAUGUUGAGAAACAGGCUGCAAGAGGAAGAGGAGCAUACCUUUAUCCGUGA